UUCAAGCGGGGUUGGCAUAAAAGUAGUGGGGCGAUUAUUACAAAAAUAAAACUUAAAUUAUUAAGGUCUAAAGCAAAGUGGAAACCUAUAACACCAAAUAGUUCAAGAAAAUGUUUUUAAUAUUACGUCCGCUUACAAAACUACCGUGGUUUCCUUGACCCGUUAAAUAUGUAUCCGAUCAUAACAACAAUUUACAUAAACGACUGUUUAUUUAGGUUUCCGUAUUUCCGUUACUAAGAAUGAGAGGGAACUCAACGUGGACGCACCUAUGUUACGAAUUCGUUCAAAUAUAGACCACAUUGCGUCCAAUUUAAACUAAGCCGCGGGAGAUGCGGUAAGAUCCCCGCUGACGUCACAAUCACGCAAGGUUGAAGAGGAGAGGGAGCUCAAAUUAAACUGGUUUUAUUUCCCUGGCGCCAAGCUUCGAUCGGAGAGCGCUGCUCUUCGCAAAAACCACUCGACCGAGCGUCGCGAGCGGACGUUUCCGAACCGGUUUUGGCGCGAGUUUCGAACGUCAGAUGUUCCAUUUUCAAAAAUGAUUCGCGCGUUUUUCUUUCUAUUCUUAACGGCUUCGGCCAAUGGUGUACUAACGACUUUUAAAAUCGACGAGGAAUGUUUGAACUUCACAGUGUACCCAGUGCAAUAUGAAUUGACGAUUAUACCGAAAAUAUAUACGACUCAGUCUUUUUAUUAUAAUUGUGAGUUAGUUAUAACUGUUAUAGCUAAUGCUCCACAUGUGAGGAUGAUCGAGCUGGAUGCUAAAGAUUUGGGUAUAGAGUCAGUGAACGUUUAUAAGGAUGGUUACGAUAUAAUUAGUAGGAAUACUCCGUUUAACCACGAUACUGAGAGGGGUAAAUUGUUCAUUUACCUUAGUGAACCGUUGAGGGAAUACAAAGUUUACAACACUCGGUACCAGAUCAAGAUUAAGUUUAGGAAGAAUGUGUUUUACGAUUCGUCGGGGAUAUUUGCUGUUAAGUAUGACGACGAAAUGGAAGGCAUUAAGUACAUGCUCCUAACACGCCUCUCUCGCGGCCAUGCGAAGUACUUCUUCCCAUGCUUCAGCAACGAACGAUUCGAAGCGGUGUUCAAGUUCCGAGUGAACACGCUGACCGGAGCCCAUGGCAUGCAGUACACUAACUCCAGCCUGGUUAUAGCUCAGGAACAGAGGUGGACUACGGACAAAGAAGGCUACAUAUUCAUCGAGUAUCUGCCGUCUCCUCAAGUAUCCUUAAAUGAAGUCGGCUUUGUCUACUCUCAAUUCUCCAACUCUUCCAUCAGAGCAAGAAACAGUAACGACACCAUCGUAAUCUGGGCGCCUGGUCCUUUCCUCGUGCAAUACAAUUAUAUCCUCAGAUUUGGACAAUCAAUGUUGGAAUUUAUUCGUGACUACGCUGGAAUCAAUAGAAAUAUCACGACUGGACCGAUCAAUGUGGUUCCCGUGCCUUCUAAUUUGGAUGGAUAUGAAAUAGGCAGUUGGAAUCUUUGGACUAAUGGCGAUUUCAGAUUAAAAUACCAACCAGAACUCAUUAGCAUCCGUCAGAUCGAGAAGAUGACGUUUGACUUCAUCCAGCAGCUCUGUCGGGUGUGGCUGGGUAACCCGGGAGAAGUGCGGCGGACAACUUGGAGGGAAGAAUGGUUUAAGGAGGGCAUGGCGACGUACUUCGCGUAUUACUUCUUGGGAAAGUAUCACCAAACCGGAGAACAUCAAUCAGGCUGGCCCUACGGUUUCUACGGACUCGAGUCAAGACAUAACGCCAUGAGCGUCGACUGGUACCACAGUACCCCAGCACUCAUCAACUUCAACAGAACACUAGCUGUCGACAUUCCCAACAGACAUAAGGAGUUGGUGACUAUGAAGACAGCUGCUUUGCUGUGGAUGGUGGAGAAUUGGAUCGGUUCUGAGAAGUUCCAUGCGGCGCUGGUGAAAUAUAUUAAUAUGAGGAGAGGAUCCUUCAUCAAUUUGGAAGACUUCAUGAUCAACCUAGAUAAGGAGACCGUGGAGUGUUUCCACCGGUUCUCAAACGGCACCACCUCGUCCAUGGUGCUCAACUCCUGGUUCCGGUACCCUGGGUACCCGGUCAUUAACGUUCAUGUAUACAGAGACAGAUUGCCUAAUGUCAUCACUUUGAAACAGAGGACAUUCUCUUUCACCAAAGAUUUCCGCUAUGACUCCAAGUACCUGAUCCCCAUCUCCUACAUGGCGCAGUACCAGGAGAACUGCUUCAACUGCCACCAGCCUCGGUUCAUCAUCAGCACACCCGUCUACACGUUCGGAGAAAACUUGGAUGGAGGAUGGAUUCUUCUCAAUCGACAUGCUUCUGGAUAUUAUCGAGUGAACUACGAUGAAGAAACGUGGAAGCUCAUCGCCAAAACACUGCGAAACGAACAUACUGCCAUACACGAGCUGAAUCGGGCUCAGAUCGUCAACGACGCCUUCGCUCUCUACACCUCCGGAGACCUGAGCUACCAGCUGGCAACGGAUAUAUUAGACUAUCUGGAGAAGGAACAAAGCUACGUUGUAUGGGAGUCUGUUAUUUCUGGCUUCGAGCUGCUGAAGACGAAGGAUGCUGCUUGCAACUUUACUAGAGCUCUUUAUGAGGAGUGGAGGCAAUUCAUGCGCAAGAACGUGGCAGCGAUCUACGGGCGCCUGAUCCAAAACUUGGAGCACCAGCCGAAGACUCGACUUUUCCGCAGCAAUAUCAUCAAUUUCGCGUGCGCUUUACAGCACGAGUCGUGUGUUAAUCGCGUUCUGAACCUGUACUAUCAAACGAAAGGGAGGCGGCACAGAUUAGACCCAGACUCCCGACAAGCCUGCUACUACGUAGUUCUGCGUGGGAGCGGGGAUGUGGCCUACCAGCUCAGAACAGACAAUCUGACUAGUUUCGAGAACGAAGAUAGAACUAUCGCAAGACAUUUGACGGAAAAUGAACAACGUCUAAUUUAUAGACUGCCUCUCGGAGUAAAACCAGCGAACCUCACACUCAACAGUACAUCUAUCCCACCAACAUCAAGUCCGCAGGCUUCAGAUAAAGACAACCCGGACUCAAGUACAUCAGUUCAAACUUCAAUAGUAAGCUUGAUAUUAGCCUAUCUGGUUACUACUCUAUUUUAAUUUUUGGUAAUAAGAGGGAAGAAUAGCUUUGCGAUCCUAACGAAAUGACGGUAUUUUUUUCUAUGAAAUUCCAUAUCGGGAGAAAACAGUUUCCACUAACUAAAUCUUAACAAAUCACUUGGUUUUUAUGUCGAUUGCUUCAGCAUAUUAUUUAUAUUAUUUAUUUCUUUUGUUAUUUAAAAAAAAAGUUAUCAAGAUUGAGGUCUGAUUUUAUAUUUCCAGUGAUCAUUAAGAUAAUGUUAUUAUUAUGUAAAAAUGUCAUAAUUUUGCAUUCGUAAACUUCGGAGUUAAGGGGGGGGGGGAUAGUAUUUUCUUUUCACUGUUUCCUUCAUCAGUAAAUUUUUUUCACUAUGAAAGAAAAAUAAAAAAAUGUUUUGUAUUAUUUAAAUUGAGCUCUAACUAGACUUUGAAAUUUUGCCCCCUCUUUAUAUUGGGCAUUUUCCAUACUUAAUAUAAACAAAAUACACUUCCAAUAUGUCUGGAUUAGGGUUUUUCAUUACUAUCCCAAAUUUUAAAUCGAUAGCUUAAGUACUUCUCGAGAUAUUUAGUAAUGUGACAGACGGACGGAUGAACAGAGUUGCAUCAUAAGGGUUCCUUUUGUACCAUUUUGAUACGGAACCCUAAAAAUCAUGGAGAAUGGAAAAUAUUUAGAAGUGGAAAAACGUUUUCUCUUUUGUAUCGCCAAGUAUGUGCUAUACUUCCCUCUUAAGGUUAUCGAGUAUCUGUAAGUACUUUUAAGCGCUAUUGAAUUUCGUUUUAAGUGACCCUGAGCCCGAUUCAGAUUGAGCAACUUGUUACGGUUUUGAUAUUAUUUUGACGACCUUGAAGAUCGUUAACGCUCAUUAGUGAAUGCGCAAAGAAGUUAAUGUCGUGCGGGAGAUGCGCGCCUAUCACUAAGAUAUUCACUUGAUAUUACGUUGACGCUCGUCUUAGUGUAAGGCCUGAGUGGACGCUCGCGUUGGGCGUGCAGCGGGGCGCGGCGUGCGGCGUGCAUGUUAAACAAAUGCAAACGUAUAGGAGCGGCCGCAGCACGCUGCUCACGUCACCUGUGAGCCCGACGCCACGCUGCACGCCCCGCCGAACGCUCCGCUUCGAGCGUCCACUCAGGCCUUACACUAAGACGAGCGUCAACGUAAUAUCAAAACCAGUUGAAAACCGUUUCAAGUUGUUAAACUAAGUCCGGCUCCCUAAAUGCAAUUAAUAAGAAUCCAUUUUUUCUAUGGUAUCACCUCACUUUUGUGGUUUCUUAUGUUCAUAUAGUUUAACUUAUAAUGAGAUGUGAUUUCGCUAAGAUUUGGUGUAUGUUUUUUUAUAUUUAUUUCAGUUUAAUAGCCGACGUAACUUGCAUUUUACCCUUCACAAAGUCUAACAAACGUAUUUCUAUUUAUUUUAAAGGAACAUUCCAAUAUAGUUUACUAUGUUAUUGACUCUGUUAAUAAUCUGGUUUUAAAUUACAUUCUUCUUUUUGAACUAGUUUGAUAUACUUAAUGCAAAAAAAUUAAGGGUUUCACCUUGGGAUGACAGAUAAAAGCUGGAAACUUGUAUACACUUUCAUUAUGGUAUUCUGAAGGAUCUCAAAAAGCUAAGCAUAGAUCGUGUGCGGGUCGGAAGUUACUUAAGGUUUAAUGUAAAAAUAAAACAUUUUUUCGUAAAUAUCAAAGUUUCUUUAGAUCCUAUGUUAUUUUCAUCUAUGGAAGAAUUGAAGAGCAUACAAUUUGCUACAAGUUAUGUAUGUAACACUUUUUCAUAGGAUCAGCCGUUUUCAAGAUAUAGGGCCUAUGAAUAAUUGACCUAGAAUCUAAUAACUUUGAACUUUAAAUAAUUUCCGACGCGCACACGAUUUAUGCUUAUAUUUUUAAGAAAACCUUUAGAACACCACAAUGAAGGUAUACUAAUUUCCAGCGGUAGCAUGAUUCCAUUUUUAUCACUUGUCACUAUGGUUAUCACUUUCGCGCUUACAUACUUGUUAGAACUUGACAGGCAUGGUGACAAAUGAUAAAGAGCCGACCAUCUUAGGCCUACUGUUUUCUAGUUCUCAUUCCGAGGUUGAUACCCUUUUUGGGCGUAAAAUGACUGGGCAAACUUGUCGUUUGUGAACUUGUCAAAUAGUUUUUCUGGCACUUUUUUCAUUUAAAUGUAAAGCCUGACAAGAUAUUAAUGGGCUGAGUGUCGCUAGUGUCGCUUGGCAACAUAUUUUCUUCUAUUUUACAUCGGUGACAUUCGAAAAACUUCAACAUCUGUACCCCUAGUGUACAUUUAUUCGAUAGCGAAACGUGACGUACGCGUUUGCGUUAAGUCUCAUUUUGUAUGGGAUUUUGAGUUUCCAAAACGUCCCGCUUGGUGGCGCGCUGUUUUUAAAUCCCAUACAAAAUGAGACUUAACGCAAACGCGUACGUCACGUUUCGCUAUCGAAUACAUUUACACUAGGGGUACUGUUGUCAAAGAGUCUCCUUGCCAGUAAAGAAAAUGAGUGUCACUGAAUAUCCGCAACAUGGCGAAGGCUAGAUAAAAUCUUGUCAGGGUAUAUUUAGUUGCAAUAUAACAUAUUUGUUUAUUGAUGUAUUUGAUUUUGAUGAAUGAUUUAGCUGUUCUGACAUUGUCUAGUCAUUAAUUAAUGAUCAUUUUAUUUAAUCCAUUCGAUAAUUAUGUUUGUUAUUUAUUUAAGUAAUUAGUGUUAGGUCUAGUAAAACAGAAAUAGAUUUUCUUGUAAUUAUUAUUAUUUUAUUUUACUCAAUGCAAUAUGUACAUAUUACACAUAAAAUACUUACUUAAAAUGUAUAAUAAACAGCUUUAAAGAAAUAAAUGUGCCUUAACGUUAAUAUUCGUAUUAGUUAUUUUACAUACAUUUUAUAUAUUUAUAAUACUUAAUACAGUAAAAUAGUAACCAAUUUUGAAGCAAGAGGACGCGUUUGCUUCAAAAUUAAUUGUAUAUUAAAUAAUUAGAAAAUAAAUUAUACUACUUUUA